UAGCCAAAAAGACUUUUAAACAUGUACGCGAAGAUACUUGAUGCAAUUCCCCCAAGCCCAUCUCAUUGCUGGCUAACCAUUACCUCCAGUACUAUAUACAGCCGCCGCAACCAUCAAAUUACCACAACUAGACCCAUCCUUUGAAAAGCAUAUUUCAACCCAAACCGCACAGUCAAAACAAUACUAUCUACCUGCACCACCAUGUUGCACCAACUCACCUCAAUUGGCCGCCUGGCCCAACACACCACCCGAACCCGGACCUUUCAACCCGUUACUCGCACCUUCCGCUCCAUCGCACCGCUGCGCACAACCCAUCAGCAAAAGAGCGAAACCCAAUCUGGAGAUCGCAAUGUCCUCGACCCUCAGCGAUCGGAGAGCUCCUACACGGGCACAGAUAGCGAAGUCGCGGGCCACGAUGCAGCCUUCGAUCCCAGUAACACGUCACCGGAAGGCCAGGUCGAGCAGGCGCAGAAGGAGUCCGAGCAGCAGGGUAAAGUGAGUAACCCUUUGGAUAUGAGUCCUGGAAACAAGGAUGCUAGCCAUGCGAGGCCGCCGCAGGAGGGAGGUCCCGAUCAUAAUGCUGAGAAGGCGGGGCCGAGCUCGAGGGGAUGGACGAAGAAGAAUCGAGAGGUGAGGGAUGGGAAUAGGAAGUAUUAAGAGACCAGGGCUAUUGUAUAGACUCUGCAUUUCCGUGUUUAAAUUGUGUCAUGUAUGAAAGUGCUCACUUGUUGCGUUGCGUAUGAUAUUAGAUCUAAUGAGAAUCUCGUUGAUCUUCUGUGUUUGAAAUAUAUAUAUUCGCAGGCCUAAGAGAGUAGUUGUUUCGUACAUCGUCUCCAUGAU